CUUUCGUCAUUGGGGAAAGAGCUCAGCUGUGAGUCGGUUGUAGAAAAAGUGCGUCGUAGAGCAGACAAUUUCGUGCUGUUAAAACCAUUUAGAACAUCACAAGUUCUUUUCUUAUAUAAGAAUUAUUAAGAAGUCUGUGAAACUGCAUUCCACUCUCUCCAUUUUAUUUUUUAUUAAACUGAUCAUUGGCGGUGGACAUCGUAGUCUCUUCCUCUUGAUCAAAGUUUGAGGAGAUGGAGUUAAACCAAAGUCGCACAGAAGCAUUUGUCCGUCUGAAUAAACUAAGAGAGAGGAACUUCUUGUGUGACGCGGUGUUGAGGUCGGAGGACGGCGGCGUCUUUCCAGUACACAGAGUGAUUCUGUCGAUGAGCAGCGAAUAUUUCAGGGCCCUCUUCACGACAACACUGCACACCGGUGAGGCGACUAAUAUUCUCCUCCACGGAAUUAGCUCUGUCGUGAUGACCCAGAUACUGGAUUAUGUUUAUUUUCGCGAGGUGGACAUCCGCUCCGACAACGCAUGUAAGCUGCUUGUGGCGGCUGACUACUUGUGUAUUCCGGACAUUAUUAAACUCUGCUGCGACUACCUCAUGGACGCGAAGGACACGAUAGACGCCGACAACUGUUUCGGCAUCUUGCGUGUCGCAAGGUUACACUCCUUCGCCGACCUCAAGACUCACGCUCGUAGCUUCGUUCUGCGCCACUUCGUGGAACUGUCUCGGCAGAGCGAAGAACUGCUGGAACUGCCUGUAGAGGAGCUGCAAGCGAUAAUCGAGUCCGAGGAACUGAACGUGAAGGACGAGAAAGUUGUGUGGGAGUGCAUUCUCCGGUGGAUCAACCGCCACCCGGACAGCAGAAAAGGUCAAAUCGCGGGCCUUUUGAAGGGCGUCAGACUGGGACUACUUGACGAAACGUUUCUCAAGGAGGAGGUGUCAAAGCACCCGUACGUAACGGGAAAUAAGGCGUGCAAAGCCGUGAUCUCGGAGACGCUCACAUUCCUGGACGACGUGAAAAGUUUGACGAAGAAGUACAAGGAAUUCAUUACACCAAGGAUUGCCUACCCGCAAAUCCCACAGGACGUUUUAUUUGCUAUUGGUGGGUAUCGCGACGGAACAAUGACAGAUGUGAUCGAAGCGUACGACGCACGAGCAGACCGGUGGACUGUGGUGGAGGGGGUCGAUUCGAUCGGCCGGCGAGCCCACCAUCGCACGGCAGUAGUCGGAUUCGACAUUUACGUCGUCGGUGGUUGCAACGGCGAGGAAGUCUUAAGCUCAUGUUUCUGCUUCAACGCUGUUACGAAGACAUGCCGCGAGGUGGCGCCUAUGCAUGAAUGCAGAUACAAAUUAAGUGUGGCUGUUCUGCGAGGUUCAGUGUACGCCAUGGGCGGUGUGGCUUGUCGUGUGAUUCACAGAACGGCGGAAAUAUACGACCGAAAGUCGAACCAGUGGUCUAUGAUCGCUCCCAUGAACACAGGGCGAAUCUGUGCAAGUGCGGCUGCACUGAAUGACAAAAUAUACGUCGCUGGUGGAUGUGUUAAUCUUUUCAGUCCUCUAAACUCGGUGGAAGUUUAUGACCCCGACACCAACCGAUGGACUUUCGUUGCACCAAUGCUUUCUCGUCGUGCCUCUUUUUCCUGCGUCGAGUACCACGGCUGUCUGUACGCCCUAGGAGGAUUCAACGAGACAUCAGGCGUGAUCAGAACCGAAAAGUAUGACGCUGCAGAAGACACGUGGAUCAAGAUCCCUUACAUGAACUUCUAUGCACGUGGCUUAAACACAGAAGCGAUCGACGAUAUGAUCUUCGUCAUCAGUGGAUAUUAUAACGGGACAGAUUUCGUCUCACACGUCGCAUGUUUCCAUGACAAGGAAAAUCGAUGGUACCAACUGGCAGAGAUGAAUGUUUGUAGAAACUUUCUCUCGACUUGUGUCAUCAAGAACCUACCGAAUGCAAGCGAUUACGCCUACAAACACAGAGAGAAAAUGAUGGAGGAGCAAACCAAAAAAAGAAGGAGGAGCAACGUGCAAGAAGAAGGAGGAGAAAUGCUAACAAGAAGAAGGCGAAUCGUAAAAGAGUGUUAAAUUACAACCACGACGAACAAUUUAAUUUUAAUUACUUUAAUUGUGAAAAUAAUGUACAAAUUUGAAUUGAUGUAGGAGCUACAAAAACGUAGAGAGAAAUAUUGCUUGCAGCAAAGAAGGAAACAUUAUUUCUCCUCUUUAUUUUCUGCUCAAGAAUUCUUAUUGAAAUUAAUUAUUUUAGAGACGUUUAACCUUAUCUACAAUAUUACCAUCCAUCAACACACAGCAGUUUCACCUUACGUCUUGUAUUAAAUAAAUCUACUUGUGGCGACAUGUUUCUAAUUACGAAACCGUCUUCACGACUUCAGGGGAAGAUUAAAUGUUUUGCUUCAUGAACAUCGUUUAGGAAAACAUCAUUACGAAGGCAAAACACUGAGAAUUUUGUAUCGAUUUCUGAUCUGCUUGUGAUAUUUUAAGAAAUUGCACAAGUACAUUUGGCUGAGUUGCCCCGAUAUAUCGAAUAAUUUUGCCAUGUGUCUGGAGAAGUAUCAACCUUUUCAAAUGCCAUGAAUAAACAGGCAACGCUUUCAGUUAA